CAAUCCUCACCGCAUGUAUCUCGCUUUACACACAAUCACACUCUCACACUAAUACAUCAUCACAUUCCCUCGCUCUCUCCCCUUUUGUGGUCUUCUGUGCCCCCUUCUCCUUCUUCCUCCUCCUCCACUCUCCACAACAUAAUCUGAAACAGAAUCUAACCUACCUUUCUAGAAAGACCAGUUGUGUUUCACUUUCUUCUUCAUUUAUGUUCUGCUACAAGAUUUGGCCUUGAAGAAUGAGAGAACAAGACAGAAAGACUUCUAACAAUUCCAGUUCUUCUUCUCUGAUUGUUGGCUGGUAAUUGUCUCUUUUCAAGAGGUUUCGUCUCUUCUUCAUCAUCUUCAUCUCUCUGUUCUUUUUCGUCUGAGCUUCAUAAACCAGACAGAAAUGGCGGAAACUCCCAAGUUGGAUUUGGGUUCCAUCGAUGAGGUCCACGGAUUAGAAGUGAAAAUGGGCACACAGAAAAUCUCAGUCUCGGAUCAUCUAAAUGGAUUUCACUACACAGCAGAUAAAUCUGAUAAUUUUGUGAUUGACAUGGAGAGUUUCAACCAUGGCAUCACAGAUAAAGAUGUCACUGCAAAUUCUAGAAUCUCGAGAAAUCAUUCAAGGAAAUGGUUACAGAGAGUUGGAGACAAGAAGAUAAGCACUGAUGGUAACUCAAAUGAUAGAGAUAUUUCAACUUCAGCUAUAAGUUCACCCAAAGGGCCUCUUACGCCAAAAAAGCCGGCUGUGGUUGCAGGGAUCGUAGAUCACCCGGGCAGCCCGCAAGUCCACCAUCAGAUCACCGUCACAGCAACCAACAUUGGUGCCACUGCUGAUGGCAGAUGUGUUGUUAGACGAAAUAGUUUCCGGCGUUCUUCAUUUUGGGCAGUUGAUCCCAAGAGGGUUCUCUUCUUCUUUGCAACAUUGUCAAGCAUUGGUACAAUCUUACUUAUAUAUUUCACACUUGCAAUUGGCAAGUACAAUCUAGAGGAAAAUAGUCUUGAUUGGUAGCAAUCACAGAAGGUUGAAGCAGGUGUAAGGUUAGUGGUGGAAUUAAAGACAGGCAGCAAUCCAACAUGGAAGAGUAACUAGUUGAGGAAGUUGGCAGUUUUAUUUGUGAAAUCUGGGACAGAAAUACAGAACAGAAAAGAUGAUUUAGUUCCAAGUAUGGACAAAGCUAACAACAUUUCCAUCAUCAUGGUGUCAUUGGUGUGUUCAGAAAGCAAAUCCCAAAGCCAAUUUGGGCAGCAGGAAUCUUCUUCCCUUAUACAGAAUUUUAGAAGUGAAGACAAGGGCACACUCCACUUUGACAAAGAGAAGGAAUCUUCUUCCUUUAUAUUCAUGUAGAUGGAUGAGCUCUAAACACAUAACGUGUUCUUCUUGUGUAAUAUA